UGUGUCUUUUUUGUAUUAUUUGUUGCAUCCACAGCUACGGUAUCUUGAUGCUUUGGAUUGCGAUGGCAUGGAGCUUGAGUUACCCAACACCCCGUACACAAUUAAUGCAUGGUCCAAGACACAUGUCGAUGUUGUCGCUGAGAUGGACAUGCUGGAGCAUGAUCCACCCAGUUUUGGCAACUUUCAGGAUAAGCUUAAAGCUACCACAGUUAUCAGCAAGUUUGCAUCAGGGGUUGGCACAUUGUUUAAUCAGUUUGCAUCAGGGGUUGACACACUCCUUACAGAGCUCGUGCAGGGACUGACGACACCCGCAACCAGAAAUACAACUACAAGUAGAAUAAAAAGGGGCACCGAGGAAAGAGAAAGUGAUGAUACAUCGUCCGAAGAUUCAGCAGAAUCUGACAAUGACACAAAUGAGGACAACGUGGAUAUGGAACGUGACAAAAAGAAGAGGGUGACAAGGUAAAGUAAC